UUAAUAAUCUGUUAUUAAAUCCUUCCACGCAAGUACACACACAUAUAAAUAUGUAUGUAAUAUGCAUUUUUCUUUUUGUUUUUGUUUUUUAAGUUUUAUGGGACGAUGAAGGCCAGCAAUCCUAAGCACGAACGCCGUUGGGCCUCUGACACCGUUCCCCACGGAACGGCGUUGAGCACUGGAUCCUCGCCGGCUGGAACUGAAUACAGUUCCGCUGAAGAGUUCGUUGAAGUCACGCUCGAUCUUCAGAAUGAUAAUACAAUUGUGCUUCGAAGUGUUGAGCCGGCCACGGUGAUUAGUAUUGAUGACGGGACAGCCGCUGCUUCGGUGUCGGCGCCUGCAUCGAGGUCGGCUUCGAUCAAGAGGAGCUCGUCGAGAAACCUUCGGCUGUUAUCUCAGGAGCUGCGGGCCGAGCUGGUGAGGCGGUUUUCGUGGAGCCACAGCCGCGCAUCACGUACUCCGCUUCCGACUUCUGCUGCGUUGGUAAAUGCUGUUCAGAACAGCGCCGGAGCCGAGAGCAGCGGUUUCGCCUCGGUUUUUGCCGCUCGAGCUCUGCGGAGGGAACGAGCUCAGCUCGACCGGAAUAGGUCCGGCGCGCAGAAAGCGCUUCGUGGACUCCGAUUCAUCAGCAACAAAACCAACAGCGUCGAUGCAUGGAGCCAAGUGGAAAGAAAUUUCCAUAACCUCGCCAAAAACGGUUCUCUUUACCGCUCCGAUUUCGCGCAAUGCAUAGGAAUGAGAGAUUCGAAGGAGUUUGCUCAGGAGCUGUUCGAUGCUCUGGGACGGAGACGAAGGCUCAAGGUUGACAAGAUUAGCAGGGAAGAGCUUUACGAGUUCUGGUCCGAGAUUACCGAUCAAAGUUUCGACUCACGUCUCCAGAUCUUCUUCGAAAUGGUGGACAAGAAUGAAGAUGGUAGAAUUGGUGAAGAAGAAGUUAAAGAGAUUAUUAUGCUAAGUGCUUCUGCGAACAAGUUAUCGAGACUGAAGGAACAAGCAGAGGAAUAUGCUGCUCUGAUCAUGGAGGAGUUGGACCCUGAAAGACUUGGCUAUAUUGAGCUAUGGCAAUUGGAAACGCUUUUGUUACAAAAGGACACGUACCUAAACUACAGCCAAGCUUUGAGCUACACAAGCCAAGCCUUGAGCCAGAACCUACAAGGGCUGAGAAAGAAAGGCCCCAUAAGAAGGUGGAGCACAAAAUUGCUGUACUAUUUGCAAGAGAAUUGGAGGAGAAUUUGGAUCUUGAUAUUGUGGAUAAUGAUCAUGGUUGGACUGUUCACAUGGAAGUUCUAUCAGUACAAGAAUAGAAGGGCCUUUGAAGUCAUGGGUUAUUGUCUUACUACGGCCAAAGGUGCGGCCGAGACCCUUAAGUUCAACAUGGCCCUCAUUCUCUUGCCCGUCUGUAGAAACACCAUCACUUGGCUCAGGUCCACCAAACUGGCCUACUUUAUACCUUUUGACGACAAUAUCAAUUUUCACAAGACCAUCGCUGCAGCCAUUGUAAUUGGUAUCAUUCUCCAUGCCGGUGACCACCUUGCAUGUGAUUUUCCAAGACUGGUACACCUGUCUGAGGGAACCUAUACGGACACUUUUCAGCUUCAUCAUGACUUUGGGGUGCACAAACCCGAUUACAUAGACCUGGUUAAAGGGGUAGAAGGUGUGACUGGAAUUCUAAUGGUGAUCUUGAUGGUGAUUGCAUUUACACUGGCAACAAGAUGGUUCAGGCGGAAUCAUAUCAAGCUACCCAAGCCCUUCAAUAGGCUCACUGGUUUCAAUGCCUUCUGGUAUUCACACCACCUAUUUGUCAUUGUCUAUGUGUUGCUCAUCAUCCAUGGUUUAUUCGUCUAUCUUGUGCACAAGUGGUACCUUAAGACGACUUGGAUGUAUCUUGCUGUUCCGGUUUUACUAUAUGCUGGAGAAAGGACCCUUAGGUACUUCCGGUCUGGUUCCUGUAGUGUCCGUCUUCUGAAGGUUGCCAUCUAUCCUGGAAAUGUUCUUACGUUGCAAAUGUCUAAGUCACCCCAGUUCAAGUACAAGAGUGGACAGUACAUGUUUGUCCAAUGCCCUGCCGUUUCUCCUUUUGAGUGGCAUCCAUUUUCCAUUACCUCUGCUCCUGGAGACGACUACCUCAGUAUUCACAUUCGGCAGCUAGGUGAUUGGACACAAGAGCUUAAGAGGCUAUUUUCUGAAUCCUGUGAGCCUCCUGGGGCUGGAAAGAGUGGACUUCUCCGGGCUGACGAAACAACCAAGAAAAGUCUACCGAAGCUCUUAAUAGAUGGACCUUAUGGGGCUCCAGCACAAGACUAUAGCAAAUAUGAUGUCCUGCUACUUGUUGGUCUGGGGAUUGGUGCAACACCUUUUAUCAGCAUUCUAAAAGAUCUGCUCAACAACAUUGUCAAAAUGGAGGAGGAGGCAGAUUCAAUCUCAGAUGUCAGUAGAAUAUCAGACCUGAAUUCUGGAAGUACAGACCCUGAGAUGGUCAAUGCAGCAGGUCCAAAGAGGAAAAAAACUCUGAAGACCACUAACGCUUACUUCUACUGGGUAACUAGGGAGCAAGGCUCGUUUGAUUGGUUUAAAGGAGUCAUGAAUGAAGUAGCCGAGCUUGAUCAAAGGGGUGUUAUUGAGAUGCACAACUAUCUGACUAGUGUUUACGAGGAAGGAGACGCCCGAUCGGCUCUCAUUACCAUGGUGCAAGCUCUCAACCAUGCCAAGAAUGGAGUCGACAUUGUUUCCGGCACUAGGGUGCGAACCCACUUCGCGAGGCCUAACUGGAAGAAAGUUUUCUCCAAAUUAUGUUCCAAGCACUGUUCUGCAAGAAUUGGGGUAUUCUAUUGCGGGGCACCGAUUCUGGCCAAAGAACUUAACAAGCUCUGCUACGAAUUCAAUCAAAAAGGUCCUACCAAGUUUGAUUUCCACAAGGAGCAUUUCUAGAAGAACGCGUGGGUCACUCUAUUAUUUACACCCUCACUUCACGAAUCCAUCUCUAACACUCCCAUCUAUUACAGAUUUUUUUUUUUUUUUUGUACCAAUGUACACAGAAAGAAAAACAAGAAAAAAGGGAAAAA